CACCGCGUCCAGGGCGUCUUCUACGACGAAUGCGUCAUCGUAUUUAGUAAAGUCGAAGCACGACGCUAAAUGUCGACGCGUACCGCGAAUCAUAUCUAGACGUUUGUAUUGUUAUCGGCGUAAAAUCUGCGAGAGUCGAUCGCCUUCGGGGGUUUCUUCUUCGGGGACCAGUCGUCCCAGCGAGAUAACAGAUUUCUCGCCCAGGGUGACCGAUUUUUCCACAUUUGGUGAAACGAUCUUGAAGUUUUUGGUCAAAUAUCCGCAUAGGAGGAGCUACUCGACUGACAGCGACCCACUAGUACAACUGCGAACCGAAAUGAAUAAAACCGCGUAUUUCAACCACAACCUAAUGAAACGCCGAUACUCGGUGCCGGAGACAAUAAUGCGAAAACACAAACUACAAGAACUGCUUUCGAAAAAAGCAGCCGCCAGCGUCGAGUCAAAACCGCCCUCCGUGGUCAAAGACGAAUCCUGCCAAACAGACGACACCAACUUAGAUCGACGUAAAAAAACAUCGAAAAGAAAACGCGACGGAUUACGUUACUUCAAAAAAUCCAACACCUAUUGCCAAUACAAAAGCUACCUGCAUAAGAAAAAAUACCACAGGGAAACGAAAAGCGGUACUUCGGCGACAGAAGAGUCCACGUGUACUUCAUCUCCUCUAGACUGCCAUUCGAUCAGCAGUACAAGUUUACCAAUACUAGUCGAUCCGAAAAAAUGUUCCGAGAGUAAAUCAUCCGUCUCUAGGCAAGUUUCAGCUCCUAGUUCGAGCGAAGAAUUCGAAAAACUCGUCAUCAAGUCGUCCGAAACGAAGAAAUCCACAACUUCGCUUCAUCCUCUUCGUCAGUCAUCGCUUCGUCAAUUAUCCGCACCGGAAAGCGAAGAUUUUUGUAAACACGAUCAUCAGUCGUCCAAUAAUAAGGUACUGCAUCCGAUACGGCAAUCUUCAGCUCCGAGUUCUAGCGAUGAAAAGCAUCCUUCCAGGUUAAAGGUAUCGUCCGAUAAACUAUUCGAUUCUUCCAAACGUGUUCAUAUAAAGAAUUGUAAAAGCAUCGAUCAAAAUACCAGCGGGUAUAAUACGAUCUGCGGCAGUCUAGACGAAUACACGACGCCUCGUAAAAAGACGCCGGAAAAUACGAAAAUCUCUACGAUCGAAGAACAUCAUCAUCAUCAAGAUGAUCGUAAGAAUAAAAAUAUGUAUCCGAUUACGUUCCAUUCGGAGAGCGUUUUUCUGCAUCCUUGUCAGCAAGGGAUCAUAUCGCACAAGCAGUUUCAUCAAAUUAGCAUACAAAUGACGCCGGAAGACGGUCAUCAGAAGCAGAAAACCGAGCCGGAGCCGAAAAACGAUUAUUUCAAGACGGAAAUUAAGCUCAAUGUUAAUGAUUCCAAGGAUAAAGACACCAAAGUACAGUCGCAAUCCGCAGAAUGCUGCGUUAAAGACAAACCGUCUCCGGCAACCACACCUCAACCAUCGGAGACACCCAAACACGCACCUACGCGAUGUACAACACCAACAGUUCAAAUAAUCGAAGAAGCUCCAACUCCACGACCCGAAGUUGCAACCGAAGACGAGCCUUACGAUUGCUCUGUCCCAGACAAUUACCCAAUCAAAGGCUCGGAGAACAAAUCGAAUUUAAAAAUCGAAGUAGACGUAGGCAACGUCGACAUACCGACAAAUCUACACGAUAUUCUGCUCAGGCACCAGAAACCGUCAACGGAGUUGGAGGCAGCUCCUUUGAAACCGAAACAAGAAGGAAACAAGUAUAAUUCGAAAGCUGCUUUGAAUUAUCUGUUUCAAAAACUAGGCGACUCGUAUCCUCGACGUUACCUAUUGAAACAGCCUGUAUUCGAGUACAAACCUCAAUUCGGCAGAUACUAUUCGGAGCUUCCAAAACCCGAACGUACGGAGAUCCCUUCGAAAGUACUAUUUAAUAACCAAACUUAUAACAUAUUAUCUGGUAACCUGCUGCCGAACGAAUGGUCUAACGUGAAUCCUACGAUAGAGUCGGAGCAUUUAAGCGAUAGCGAUAUUAGCAUUGCUGACAGUUUGGAAGAUUUCCAGCAAUAUCAUCAUCAUCAUCAACACCACCAGACGACCAAAUACCAUAAUAAAUAUAACAAAUACGACGAGAAACUCGCACGGGGCGACGUUCCGGCCAAGCCGAGCGUAAAACCGAGUAAAAACAAAGGCGUAGCGUAUUUCAUACCUUUACUCGACUCGAAUAAGACUAAACCAAUAAUGCCGGCUGAGCUGCGUAAAAAACUGUGCCAAAGAAACGAUACCCUUUCGAAACAUUCCCUCUGCUCGGAACCCGCGUCUCCAGUAUCGAGUAAAAAAUCACCUAGAAAUAAAUUCAUUCAUAAACAAAUUCAAACGUGUUUAAAUUCCGACGAUAGUUUGAAAAAAAGACGUAAAAAGUUCGCCGAUGGAAGCCUGCAGAAGAAUUCCGAAUCUCAGACUGAGCUCGACGAGAAAAUUAAAAACAUUCUGCUCUCCGGGGUUGAAGAUUCGUCACCGGUUAAAGAAAAUCAACAACGUUCGCUUCAGCAGACCUUCAAUCAAUCGGUUCAAACGGAAUCGGCCGGAGAACCUGUAAUAAGCGAGUAUAUGGAAAUGUUCAACGUCUCGUCUCCUGCAACAAAUUCUAACAAUAAUUCCGAGUUUUUCAAUAACGACCGUCUUUACGAAAUUAUCCUAAGCGAAGAAGAAGUCGGCCGAGUCAACUCGAAUAAUUUUUAUCGAUCUUUUAAAAAAUGUCGACGUAUUUAUUAUCCGAAUAAAAUAUCCGAACAGAGACCAGUGCAGGAUGAAACCAGGUCCAGCCAUUCGAACUCGAAUAUACCUACUUUUUCAGCUUACCAAAAGAAACUCAAAGAGUUCAAGAAACAAAACACGCCGGAUAAACUCCCACCGCCUCAAAAUCAUUCCAGAGUAUCCGAGAUGUCGCCUGAAUUGCUUCCGUUGCCGUAUCCCAGGAUGAAGAAAAGUCGCGAAAAACCGAAAAUCGCGUCGAAAAUCCCUGGCCCGAAACGAUACUAUCAGAAAUUCGAAGCUAUACCGGAAGAGUUGUCUAAUUCGUCCGAUGGAGGCGCUCCUCUUGAUCUGCAGUUGAGUGGUAAUUCCGACGAGAAUAACGAAUCGAUGCCUGGACAGGGUAGCGAUGACGAUAUCGGUCAAGUUGACGAGAAUAAGAAUUUAGUCGACGAGGAACCUGUGACACUUGAUUUAAAACAGAUGAAUAAUUUCGAUAGAGUAGUAAAUGGAGUAGAUAAUGAAAAAGAUGACAACGAUCGAGGUGAUGUGAUGACGGAGCAGUCGGGUAUGGAGCUGAAAUCGCAGAAAGGACGUGAUUCUUUGUUGGUAUCCAAUGAACAUGAAGAGUUGAUUACUUUAUCCAAGGGAUGGAUUAAUUUCUAUCUGCUCAAAGGUGCCAGUACGGAAGAGAAUAGUGCUCCGGAGGAUGUCGAAGAUGACUCCGUAGCACACUCGGAAACCAUCCAAAUACCGCAACGUCCGCAACAGUACACAAUCCACGUCCACGCAACACCCGAACUGCUACCACCGCCGAACCCGAACGGUAUCACUUCCAGCCUUCCAGGACUAUGUAGUAAUUCGUCGACGAAAAAACUCCAAAAAUACGAAAAAUUCAACCAAAUAUGUCCCAGUUUACCAGACAUACCGAAAGUAUCGUCGAACCAAGGUAAAAAUAGCGUCAUUUGCGACGGUAGAGAUUCACAGUUGCAAUCCAUGUUACCUAAGUUACAUUAUAGUAGUGACGACGACGAAUCCGAUACAACUCACCGAAAACUCCAACUCAUCGCUAAUGCCCAAUCAAACGAACCAGUUGGUUUACAGCGGCCGGAUGCUGCAAAACAAGAAAAUUCCAUCAGUACUGUUACAACGUCCAGCAAUUAUUCGGAAAGCCCUUGUGAAGAGCUUCCAGGACGUCAUGUAAAGAAAUUCCAACGAUAUCAACGCCCUCAUACGUAUCAUUCGACUAGAACGACCAGAAAUCAAUGGUCUUUGACGUUGAAAGGCAGCAAUGACGAGAAACGUGUGAACGAUAUCGAAAUGCAAUUAUCGUUGAAAAAUAACCCGAAUCAAUACCUUCCAUCGAAUCAAUCUUGGAAACUGACGCUCAAAAGUGAAAACACAGAAACAUCCCAGUUGACCAGAUCAUCUCGACAGACCGUGAAUCGAGGUUAUUUACCGCAUUUGAAUGUCAAUUACAAAAUGCUGCCUUCUCCGAAUUAUCACGAGGAAAAUAUCACCGCAAAUUACUCAGAAACCAAUUCCGGAUCGAAUUCCACAUUAUCCUACGGUAGUAGAAAAUAUAAACUAGAUUCCGAACUCUUAUUACAAAACGUUACAAGUCUAAAUAACGACCUAACCGUACAAAUUCGACACUCAGACGACGACUUGACCAUUCGAGGCUCAGCUAUAACCCCAGAACGUAAACCCAGAGUUCCUACGAUGAGCGAAAGAGAUCUAACGAGGAUGCGAUUAAUCAGACAAACCAGCGCCGAUACCAGACUAUUAUAAAACAAUAAAUAUUUUCCAAGUUUUGUUCGUUUAA